AAGAAACUGAGCUUCCAAGCAUAUAAAGUGCGCUUGUUAGAUUCUGUGAUUUCUCUCAGCAAAAAUUCUCUGAAAAUCUUUCGCUUGCAAUGGCUAGCUUUCUGGGUCGAGUGUGUCUGCGUGUGUAACUUCGAUGCAUCAUGAGAUAUCUGGUUUAAGUGUUAGUAUGAUUGAUGAUGGUAGCUGUUUAAUUCUAGAAAUCGGGAAUUUUUUGGGUGUGUCUAUUACAUGCAUGCAUUAUGGGAAUGAUUGUCCAACUGUAAAGAACAUACUUUUGUUGGAUUCUGAGGGGAAGCGCGUUGCCGUUAGGUAUUAUUCAGAUGACUGGCCUACUAAUGCUGCAAAGCUUGCUUAUGAGAAGUCUGUUUUCACGAAAACUCAAAAGACUAAUGCUCGUGCGGAAGCGGAGAUAAUAAUUCUGGAAAACAGGAUUGUUGUGUAUAGGUUUGUUCAAGAUCUUCACUUCUUUGUGACUGGAGAAGAUGACGAAAAUGAGCUGAUGCUAGCUACUGUACUACAGGGUUUUUUUGACGGUGUUACUCUUGUCCUCAGGAACAAUGUGGACCUAAGGGAGGCUCUUGAAAACUUGGAUCUUAUUUUGUUAUGCUUUGAUGAGAUUGUCGAUCGAGGGAUUGUUCUCGAAACCGAUGGCAGUAUUAUUGCUGGAAAAGUGGCCUCCCAUAGCAUAGAUGAUAAUUCUCCAUUAUCUGAGCAGACGAUAUCUCAAGCUCUAGCGGCUGCACGAGAGCAUUUGACAAGAUCUCUUCUGAGAUGAUCCGUCUCUACAUACAGUAUAUAAGUCUUGCAUUCUUUCUAUGAUGAUAUUUCCAUUUAUGCAGCCAUUACCAUUUCUCAGGUUUCUGUAGUCUAUUAUCCAGUCUCCACAAGUCCUCUGUAGUAACACUGAAGAUUUUUCACAUUUGAUAUUGGACUAGAGGCAUCAUUCAGCCCUCAGAUUAUUCUUCAAGAAAAAGUGUCAUUCUUUCCUGCAUUUGUAUUCAAUCAUCCGUUUGUAUUGUUUCAAGUUUUCAUUCUUGGUUGAAUUAUCAUAGAAACUAAAAUCAUUUAAGUCCCA